CCACUGAAAAGGAGUUGAAGUUCCUGAAACUCCAACUUCUGUACUCUCGAUCUCUCCGCCUGCCACUCCAACUUCACUCUUUAACCCUACCGCUUAAUCCUCAAGAGAAAUUUUCUCUUUAUGUUUCGAUCCUAUUCAAUGCCUUUUCCCUGAUUCUUGAUUUUCUUUCUAGCUUCAGGAUCCUUGGCUGAGAAAAAAACUAAGAUUUUUCAGGGAUUAUCUAAUUGUCGAAGCAUGAGUGCUUAUAUAGUUGGCGUUAUCGUUCCUCUUGCCGUCACUCUUUUCUUCCGGAAUUCCAAGAGAAGUGCGAAGAAACGUGGCGUGCCGGUCGAUGUGGGAGCUGAACCUGGGUAUGCUAUUCGGAACGCUAGGUUUCCAACUCAGUUAGAAACUGCUUGGGAGGGCGUCUUUACCCUUGCUGCGCUUUUUGAGUUUGCCUGUAAGAGCCACGGAGAUAAAUUCUUGCUAGGAACACGUAGGUUGAUCGCGAGGGAGAACGAAGUGACCCCGGAUGGGAGGACUUUUGAAAAGGUUCAUUUGGGCGAGUACGAGUGGCUCACUUAUGACAAGGUGUUUGAAAAAGUUUGUAACUUUGCUUCUGGGUUGGCUCAUAUUGGGCAUGGAAGGGAAGAACGCGUUGCCAUAUUUGCUGAUACCAGAGCAGAAUGGUUUAUUUCCCUGCAGGGUUGCUUUAGGCGCAAUGUUACUGUGGUUACCAUCUAUGCAUCUUUAGGAGAGGAUGCUCUGUGUCACUCAUUAAACGAGACAGAGGUUACAACUGUCAUAUGCGGGAAUAAAGAACUGAAAAAACUUGUGGACAUAAGUGGACAACUUCACACAGUGAAACGGUUGAUUUGCAUGGAUGAUGAAAUUCCUUCUAGUGCAUCAGAUGAGCAGAGUGGUCGCUGGACAAUAACUUCACUUUCUAAUGUGGAGAAACUUGGUCAAGAAAACCCUGUUGAACCUGAUUUACCUCAAUCGACUGAUAUUGCUGUAAUAAUGUACACAAGUGGAAGUACUGGGUUGCCUAAGGGUGUAAUGAUGACACAUGCAAAUGUCCUAGCUGUAGUUUCUUCAGUGAGGACAAUUGUUCCUGGUCUAGAGAGCAAGGACGUGUAUCUGGCAUACCUACCAUUGGCUCAUAUCCUUGAAUUAGCUGCUGAGAAUAUAGUAGCAGGUGUUGGAAGUGCUAUAGGAUAUGGAUCCCCUUUGACACUGACUGAUACAUCAAACAAGAUCAAAAAAGGGACAAAGGGGGAUGCGUCUGUCCUGAGGCCAACUGUGAUGGCAGCUGUCCCAGCAAUUCUUGAUCGUGUUCGGGACGGAGUGCGCAAGAAGGUGGAUGCAACAGGUGGCCUAAGUAAGAAACUGUUUGACUUGGCAUAUGCCCGUCGAUUGUCUGCACUGAAUGGUAGUUGGUUUGGAGCUUGGGGCCUAGAAAUGCUGUUUUGGAACUUCCUUGUGUUUAGAAAGGUUCGAGCAGUUUUGGGAGGUCGUAUCCGUUUUUUGCUUUCGGGAGGUGCUCCUCUUUCCGGUGACACUCAAAGAUUUAUCAACAUUUGCCUUGGGGCUCCAAUAGGCCAAGGCUAUGGCCUUACUGAGACUUGUGCUGGUGGGACCUUUUCUGAGUUUGAUGAUACAUCUGUUGGUCGAGUUGGUAACCCAGUCCCUUCUUCAUUUAUUAAGUUAAUAGAUUGGCCUGAAGGCGGAUAUUUAGUUAGUGAUUUGCCAAUGCCUCGUGGAGAAAUAGUCAUUGGUGGUCCUAAUGUAACAGUUGGCUAUUUCAAGAAUGAAAAGAAGACAAUGGAAGUGUACAAGGUUGAUGAGAGAGGAAUGAGGUGGUUCUACACGGGUGACAUUGGGCGGUUUCAUCCUGAUGGUUGCCUUGAGAUAAUUGACCGUAAAAAGGACAUUGUCAAACUUCAGCAUGGUGAAUAUGUGUCAUUAGGAAAGGUUGAGGCUGUCCUUAACGUGAGCCCCUAUGUUGACAACCUGAUGCUGCAUGCUGAUCCAUUUCACAGUUACUGUGUGGCCCUUGUGGUUCCUUCACAACAUGCCUUGGAAGAGUGGGCUUCAAAACUGGGAAUUGCCUUUUCAGAUUUUGCAGACCUGUGUGAGAAACAAGAAACAGUAAAGGAAGUUCAAGCAUCCUUCGUCAAGGAAGCAAAGAAAUCACGUUUGGAGAAGUUUGAGAUCCCUGCAAAAAUUAAAUUGCUCUCUAAUCCAUGGACUCCUGAAUCUGGCCUUGUCACUGCAGCUCUGAAGAUCAAGAGAGAGGCCAUUAGGAAGGCCUUCUCUGAAGAGCUAUCCAAGUUAUAUGAAUCAUGAGCUACGAGAACCUUUCUUUCUUUUUGGAUUGGGCAAACCUUCAAAGACAAGUGACUUGUCAUUUUUCCUCCUGUUUUCUUUCUUUGUUUGAUAUCCCCACUUCGUUUGUGCCCUAAAUUUUUGUUGCGUUAAUCUUAGAGCUUUUCUUUCCCCUUCUCCUCAGGUUGUUUAGACAGCCUUUUUUUGACAUGCUGGUGUACUGUUCUCUCAAUUUUUAAAUAAAUUUCAUCCACAAGAGCUAUAACUUGUA